AAUCUUUCAACUGGCAGUAGCAACAGCUCAACUUUAGAUCAUUAGAACACAUGGAUUUCUGCAAAUACGUAAAUACCACAGGAGUCCUCUUACAUUUGAGAACUUAACAAUCCUAUUGAUCAAACAACCAUGAAAAGAAAUCAGCAGCUAUUGGACACAGUGACACUCCCCCUGGAAAGGCCUGAAACAUGGCACACAUCCAGAAGAAGACCAGCACCAUGUCCCUGACCAUCUCCAGCUCCUCCAAAGCAAUCUCCUCUUCCUCAUCCUCCAUUGUGGUCCAGCAGCAGAGACAGUCCAGCCUGGUGCAGCCCCUCUGCAUCAGCCCCCAGAGGACACAGAGUCCAUCCUACCCCAGACAGUAUUCAGGAGGUGGUGGCGUUGCCCCAACCUUUGUCGAGCGUCUCCAUGACAUCAGCACGGUCAAGGGUCAGCUGGUGGUUCUAGAGUGCCGUAUUCGUGGAACGCCACCACUGCAGGUUCUGUGGUACCGUGAGAACGAGCAGAUAGUGGACUCAGCUGACAUCCGCAUCCUCAGAAAGCAGGCUACUUCUGCAUCAGUGCCAGAGGAGCUGUGGACCCUUGUCAUCACCGAGGCCUUCCCAGAGGACUCUGGGUUGUUCAAAUGUAUAGCUGGGAAUCAGUUGGGAACAGUAUCAUGUGACGCCAUACUGGAGGUGUACCUAGACCUGGAAGAGCAGAUGGCGAAUGAGACGCCCAUGGAUGAGCAGUCCUUAGAUUCUACCAGGCUGGAACCUUAUGACUUUCCAUCUUUACUUCAUGACAUAGCAGGGAUUCUCCCUCCAGAGUGGCCCGAGAGCCCAGUCUGUGAGAUUGGUCACCCACUUGAAGAACAGUGUCCAGAUUCAGAGCUGCAGCCACCUAGUAAAAGUCUAGAGGAGCCCUUCAGUGUGAGUGAAGAGGGUAUCCACAGCUCAGAGGGUCAGAGGUCACCUAAAGCCUGCAGAACCAAAAAAACAACCCCAAAACUGUUCACUCCCAGCAAGCCCAGCUACCAGAACUCAAGAUACUUUGGAGGCAGUAGCAUGAGCAGCAGUGUGGCUGACCUGCCCACCUUCUCCCCCAGCCUUUUCGCCCCCAGUGCCUUCAACUAUGCUCGGCCACGCCAGUUCAUCCAGUCUCAGCCAGCCUUUCAGGCCCCCAGCUACAAUGUCGCCCAGGCUCUGCCUCAGCCCAACGGGAACAGCAGCAAGGCCUCUCCAUCCUCUCCCAAUCUGAGCUUCCCCAUUUCCACCCCUGCAUCCUCACAGCUGACGGUGUUCCCUCGUGAUCCUCCUCCUCCCUCCUCCACUGCCCAGUCCAUGUCCCACUCUUGCGCCCCCAUGCGCUCCACUAUCACCCUCACCCCCAGGGCCUAUGCCGGUGUCCCAGCCCCACCUGAGCCCAAGCCCCAGUCCUCUCCAGCUGCCUUCCUCUGCUCUGUCCUGCCCUCUCACUCCACCCCACAUUACAAGCCUGCUCCCAUGUCUAUUCCUCAGCCCCUAUCCCCAGCUAUCUCCCCCAACCCCCUGCCCAAGCCCAGGUUUGAUGCCUCCCUGCACAUGGGACAGGGACUGUCUCUCCCUACACAGAGCCUGCCUAUGAGUCAUUCUCUCCACUCACUAACUCCCCCCCCAGCUUUCAUGCCACAGCCCCCCUUUCCUCCUCCCUCAUGUGUGUCUCUGCCUCCUAGCUACAGAGGGACCCCAAACAUCCUUCCCAAGCCCACCCUGAAGAAGGCUCCUGUUCCUAGGCCAGGGUCCCGCAACACGGAUGAGGAUAUCCAGGGUUCCAAGGACGCCCUGAUCCAGGAUCUGGAGAAGAAGCUGCGUACCAAAGAGGCCCGUAGGCAAAACAGCCAGAAGCUGUCCUAUGAGGAGCGCAUGGCUCGGAGGUUGCUGGGUCCAGAUAACGCUGCCUCUGUCUUUGAGAAUUCCUCUGACUCACAACCCGACCAGCCAGAAUCACCAGAGGGACGUAACACCGGAGGAAUAUGGUACCUUUCACCAACGGACGGCAAAAGCAUGGGCAAACACCACUCUGGUACUGAUGUCAACGAGGGCUCAGCCAUCCAGGAGAAGUGCUAUGCCCCGCGCUUCAUCCAGGUCCCCCAGGACCUCACGGUGGAGGAGGGCAGGUUCUGUAGGAUCGACUUCAAGGUGGGGGGUCUGCCCACCCCAGACGUGGCCUGGUACCUGGAUGGUAAAGCCAUCCGUCCGGACGACUACCACAAGAUGCUGGUGUGUGAGAAGGGCGUGCACUCCUUCAUCAUCGAGAUCGUGACGGUGCAUCACGCCGGAGUCUACGAGUGUAUUGCCAGGAACCGCGCCGGGGAGAACCGCUUCUCCAUGAAACUGGAGGUUAUCGCCCAGGAGGUGCUUCGCCCCCCUACCUUCGUCCAGAAGAUGCUGAACUCUCGUGCCUUGGAGGGGGACACAGUGAGGUUAGAGUCUAAGGUGGCUGCCUCCCCUCCACCAAAGCUCUUCUGGAAGAAGGACAAAGACAUGCUACGCAUUGACCCCACCAGAAUGAGCCUGUACCAGGACGGCACAGGAAGUCAAUGCCUGCUCAUUGAGAGGCUAGUCAAAUCUGAUGCAGGCUGGUACACACUGUCUGCCAUCAAUGAGGCCGGCAUGUCCACCUGCAAUGCCAGACUGGAUGUAGGAACUCGCACCAACAAGCCUGCCCCCCCUACAGGCAAGCAUUUUAAAGUCCCCCUACUCAGCCAUCUCCCCAUCCUGACUCCGGACCCCCCCCAGCACACGGCCCCCCUUUAUGAGAGUGAGGAGCUUUAGACGACACUAAACCAGCAGUAUAAUAACCUGUUGUACCCCUCUGCUUCACUUUAUACUGGUCUAUCAGUCAGUCUCUGUCCACUGAGGCAGUCAUGUUGUCUGUCUGGGGGAGGAAAUUAAAAUCAGAUACCCACAGUGCCUCAGUCUCAACCCAGGACACCUCACCAGUCCCUGCAUUUGUCAAACACUUUAGUUUGAGUCCUUCUGGGGUUUUUUUUAAUCAAGGGUGGCCUGGUCAGAUGGUUUCCUCAACAUCAUCCUCUAGUAUGGUGAAGCUUACCUGGCCCGAGCACAGACCUUUGUCAAAUGCUGUCUCUGUGGUUUGCUGUUCUAGUUGAUAGAGAAUGAAUCAUGUAUUGUCUCCAGACAUGUAACUCUUUUGAAGUUCCUUUAUGAAAAGCAGCAUUUUUAUGACUGCUGCUUCAAUUGACUCUUUCUGGUUUUAAAGGUACAAUUAUUUUAAUGUAUAAACUAUUUAUUGGACAAUUCUGAAAUGUAAAUGGUUGCCUUCACCCAAAUUUACAACAACCUCGGUCUGAUUCUGACCAUAGAAAAACAUUUUGUGAAGUCUUAUGUACCGUGUAUGUGAAAUUGAAUGAAUGCGUAAUAAAGUUUUACUGACCUUAA